AUGGGUGAGGGCGGCGGAGAAGGCGAAUUCCCGCCAAAAAAGGACGGUGUUGAAGAAGAAUCUGGUUUUCCGGCUAAGACGCCAGCGCGGCAGCUCGACUUCACUGGUGCCUCCGAUGGACAUUCACUGUCUAAAGCUACGACUGCGGCUCCUACCGUCGUCACUACGGAGGUGAAGACCACCAUCGUCAUUCCCUCCGUUCCUUCAUCGGCAACGGCAACGCCGACGAUGACGACGACGCCUCUGCCUCCUCCGGCGGUGGGAAUUAGUCAGGUACGACCGACGGUACUGAUGGGUACGCCAAAUCCGCCGUCACAAGCACAAAUCCUUAACGCGCCAAUCAGGAUUCCAAAGCUGGAAUCUCCGAAAGCAAAACCAAGGCCUGUUGUGGAAGCUAGAGAUGGAACCCCUCAAAAGAAAAAGCAGUGUAACUGUAAACACUCUCGCUGCUUGAAACUGUACUGUGAAUGCUUUGCAUCAGGAACAUAUUGUGAUGGAUGUAACUGUGUCAAUUGUUUCAACAACGUUGAAAACGAACCUGCAAGACGAGACGCUGUGGAAGCAACUCUGGAGCGGAAUCCAAACGCGUUCAGGCCUAAAAUUGCUGCAAGUCCACAUGGUGUGCAAAACAAAAGGCCGGAGGAGAUUGGUGAAGUUGUGUUGUUAGGGAAACAUAACAAAGGAUGCCACUGCAAGAAAUCCGGAUGCCUUAAGAAGUACUGUGAGUGCUUUCAGGCGAACAUUCUCUGUUCCGAGAACUGCAAGUGUUUGGAUUGCAAAAACUUUGAAGGAAGUGAAGAGAGACUAGCUCUGUUUCACGGUGACCAUUCCAACCACAUGACGUAUCUCCAACUAGCAGCGAAUGCAGCCAUUACUGGAGCUGUUGGUUCCUCUGGCUUUGCUCCUCCUCCAGCGCCUAAGAGAAGGAAAAGUCAAGAGAUUAUGUUCAACCAAGCAAACAAAGAUCCAUCUACUCAUAGACUUGCCCACUUUCCACAGGGAAAUAGUGGAAGAACUAGUGGUGGCCCGACCUCAGGCGCAUCUCCGUCACCUGUUUCUCGUCCUGGUGGCAAUGCAUCGCCAGCUACGUCAAAGAUUGUAUAUAGGUCCCUCUUAGCAGAUAUAAUCCAACCGCCGGAUGUGAAAGCACUUUGCUCCGUUUUAGUCACUUCAGCCGGAGAAGCAGCAAAGACAGUAACAGAUAAAAGAAAUGAAACAGAGAAUCGGAUGGAAGAUCAAACAGAAACUUCUUUAGCUUCUUCUGCACAAGAUCACUCCCAAGGCAACAAAGAUGCAGCUGAUGUUGAGAUGGUUGAAGCUGAUGAAAAUCAAGCUGACAAGUCUGGAGCAGAGGAUGCAUCUAAAGGAAAACCGCUGUCUCCAGCGACUUUGGCUUUGAUGUGCGAUGAACAAGACACUAUCUUCAUGGUCGCAGCAGCUUCACCUAAUGGUUCAGUGGACCCUGGUGGCUAUGGAGCAAAUUCACAGGGCCAGUCAGAGAUCUACGCAGAGCAGGAGAGAGUGGUGUUAACCAGAUUCAGAGAUUGUCUUAGUCGACUUAUCUCUUAUGCAGAAUUAAAAGAAUCAAAGUGUUCAGCUUUGGCAAGAAUGCAGCUACAGUCGCCUGCAACCGCAACCGCAACCGCGACUGUGGCUGUGAAAACGGAGAAUGGGAUUCAGCAAAUGCCACCAAUGGCGAAUGGAGCUUCUCGAACCACUACUCAACCUACACUCAACAAACCACAGCCUAUACAGCUGACGACCACAGCAAACACCUCAAACGCAACAAACACAGCAAACAGUCAUCAACUUCAUAAACCUCCAGCAUUGUCAGAGAAGAAAGAUCUCUGA